GAUUGUAUCUUGAAAGAAGCCGACAAAAGGAACAUACAACUGUACGGCGAUGAUGUGAUUUACACCAUAUUGUUCCUCAAUUUCAUUCAUUGCAGCGGCAUUUCCUUCAAGGAGAGCACGAGGUAGUCGGAACAGGGGGUUGGGGUAUUGACCUGGUCCACCGCUGAGAUGUGAGACGGCAGCUACAAACAGGUGUACACCAAUCCGGAGUGAUGAAAAGAACAACUGAAACGCAAGACUGUAUUGGGAUCUAUCUGGGUUAUUCGCCUGGACUGAGGAUUGUCUAUUUCUUCCUUCACCCUCCUCUGCCCGGUGUGUGUAGAUAAUGGAGAGUUCGCAUGGCUCCACCAGCGAAACCAAGCAAAGCCACCAGUUGGAAAAGAAACGGCUGAACAGGGCGCCUUCACCCGCGAGACCUUUCCUUAAGGAUAUUCACUCCAGGUCUUCCAAACCGCUGGCAAUCACUCCUAAAUCCCCCAAACUCACAAGCAAGCAGCAGCCUUCCGCGGGGCUCUUGGCCACCCAAAGCCGCCUCUCCAGACGCACCGCUCCUGCAGCAAAAGACAAGGCAGUUCCGUUAAAAAGUAGCACUAAGUCUACGGUAACUAAAAAGGGAGUAAAGCCCACCCAACAUGGGAAUUCAGAACAGAAAGUGAUCAGCAAGCAGGGCGAUUCUAGCCAACAUAUUACUAAAGGUAAAAAGGGUAAAAUCUCCCAUCUCGUUCAUGGUUCAUUCGGCCAUGGCUCCCCAAUCCGUGUUCCAACGGGAGGCAGCCUCGGAAGGGUCAGUCACACUGACAGCAGUUCGGAUUUAUCAGACUGCCCCUCUGAGCCUCUGUCCGACGAGCAAAGGCUCGCUCAGGCGGCAAGCAGUGAUGCCGAAUCCGGCACCGGCUCUGGGUCCAGCGAUCGAGACCAGCUGGCGGAUAAUCCAAUGCAGGGAGCCUCAUCUUCAGAGACGCAGGAAGGUGCUCAUGUCUCGCCGCGUACAGGGGAACAGUGCGCGGCAUCAUCAGGUUUGGCGAAGGAGCGAUCAACCCACGGGGUACUUUUGCAAAAAAAGUGCACGGUGGAAUUGACGGAUAGAUUAAAGCUCGGUCUGAAACCAGAAAACCAAAAAGCACAAUUACAAUACACACCGGAAGACAGCAAGGAGUUAAUUGAAGAGGAUUUGCUAAGGGAAAUUGAAGAUCUCCGUUCGGAAAAUGACUAUCUCAAGGAUGAGGUGGACGAACUGCGGGCGGAGAUGGAGGAGGUGCGGGACAGCUACCUGGAGGAGGAGGUGUACCAGGGGCAGGAGCUGCGGAGGGAGUUGGACCGGGCCAACAAGAACUGCCGAAUUCUGCAGUACCGGCUGCGCAAGGCCGAGCAGAGGAGCCUCCGCGUGGCCCAGACCGGACGAGUGGACGGGGAACUGCUGCGGAACCUGGAGCAGGACCUGAAGGUGGCCAAAGACGUGUCUGUGCGUCUGCAUAACGAGCUGGAGAGCGUGGAGGACAAGCGCUCGCGGGCGGAGGACGAGAACGAGCUGCUCCGUCAGAGGAUCAUCGAGGUGGAGGUGUCCAAGCAGGCCGUUCACAAUGAGCUGGAGAGGGUGCGAGAGAGCACCCUGCGCAGGCGGCCGAGCCGAGAGAUGUUUAAAGAGAAGAAGUCCGUGGCCCAGGAGGACAGCGCUGACCUCCGCUGCCAGCUGCAGUUUGCCAAGGAGGAGUCGGCACUGAUGCGUAAGAAGAUGGCCAAGCUGGGCCGUGAGAAGGACGACCUGGAGCAGGAGCUGCAGAAGUACCGGUCCAUCUACGGGGACGUGGACAGCCCGCUGGCGGCCGCCGAGUGCGGAGGGGGCCCCCACACCACCCGGGAGGCGGAGCUGAAGCUGCGGCUGAAGCUGGUGGAGGAGGAGGCCAACAUCCUGGGGAGGAAGAUGGUGGAGCUGGAGGUGGAGAACCGGGGCCUGAGGGCGGAGAACGAGGACCUCCGCUGCCAGUACGAGGAUGUGUGCCUGGGGAGGGAGCCGCUCUGCACCCCCACCUCCCCCUUCGGCGACGCCCUGGAGUCGGGGGCCGAGCUGCGGCGCCACCUGCAGUUCGUGGAGGAGGAGGCGGAGCUCCUGCGGAGGUCCAUCUCGGAGAUCGAGGACCACAACAAGCAGCUGACCUCCGAGCUCAACCGCUUCAAGUUCGGGGUGCGGCCGGAGGACGACGGGGCCCCCAGGUCCCUGGGGGCCAACGGGGGGGGCAACGGGGGGGCCAACGGGGGGGCCUGCGGCCCUGGCCUGGGGGGGCUCCCCCUGCAGGAGGAGCUGAAAGCCGCCCGUCUCCAGAUCAACGAUCUGAGUGGGAAGGUGUUGAAGCUGCAGUAUGAGAACCGGGUGCUGAUCUCCAACGUGCAGCGCUGCGACCUGGCCUCCCAGCUGGGGCCGCGGCCGCCCAGCCCCCGCGACAGGGACAGCGACGGAGAGAGCGACAAGCGCGAGAGUGAGGACGAGGCGCCCCCGCCGCCCCGCCCCAAACGGGAGGGGCCCGUGGGCGGGGAGAGCGACUCGGAGGACCUCCAGGAGAGGACGUCCGGGUUCAGCAGCGGGAAGCAGUCGGAGCUCAGCCGCCUCAGCCCCAUGGAGCCCGCCCAGCGCAGGCGGGAUGAGGGCGAGUCCUUCGCCAACGUCCGGCGGGAGGCGGAGCGCCUGGGCCGCACGGUGGACCGCCUCAUCACCGACACCGACGGCCUCGCCCACGACGGCAGGCUGCCGCUGACGGCCGGGGAGCCCCCUGGGGCCGAGUUUAGGGGCGGCGGGGACUCCGCGGAGGCCAGGCCCGAACCCCGGGUCCUGGACACCAUCAACACGCGCAUGCGAGCCUUCAGGACCGAGCUGCACAUCUUCAUGGAGAAGGUGGAGCACCUGGGGGACGGGCUCCUCUCCCCCAUGCCGCACCUCACCGAAUCCAGCAGCUUCCUGUCCGGAGUCACCUCCAUGUCCCGCGACUCGCCCAUCGGCACUCUGGGAAGGGACAGCGUCAGCGACUUCCAGCUCCGAGACACGCCCUUGUCUGAGCCCAGCACCCCGGCACGGGAGGUCCAGGCCCGGCUGGAGCAGGAGAGGAGGUGCAGACAGGAGGAGCAGGAGGUCUAUCCUGGUCUCAGCCUGCAGGAGGAGGAUCGGAGGGACGGGGAUUUGGGCCGGAGCCUGGAGCAGGCGUGGGCCCAGCAGGAGCUGCGCCUCCUGAGGCACAGCACGGUGGUGUUCUACGUCAAGCUCCGCUCGCUGCUGGCGCACUGGCGCUCGGCCCGCAGGGCGGAGGCUGGCCCGGAGGGGGCCGUCCCCGAGUGCUUGACUCUGGAGAACGUUCCGGAGCUGGGUCUUGUGGCAGAGCAGGCAGAGGGAGGGGCAGAGAGAGGGGAGCAGCCCUGCCUCCAGCAUGGUGUUGGUGACGCCUCCUCACCGGGACGCCCUGCUCACAGCCUUGAAGUGCUCUCACCUCAGACACAGGUGAGUGACAGCCGGCGGGUGCUGCAGGCCCUGCGGGGGCUGCUGGAGGAGGUGCGCUCGGAGCUGAGGGAGGAGGAGCAGCGGCGGUGCCACCUGCAGCACACCUACGCCAGCGAGAAGGCCGCGUACCAGGUGCAGCUGGCUGAGCUGAGGAGCCAUGCACACCAGCUGCAGGAGGGCAGAGGGGAGGCGAUGUCGGCAGAAGAUCCGGAGUUUGCCGAACUCACUGGGGCAUUCCAACGGGAGAGAGAGGAGCAUCAGAGCCUCCUGACGGAGAGCCACAGCACCAACCUGGACCUGCGCUGGAAACUGCAGCACGGGGAGAAGAGGUGGACUCGGGAAAGGGCGGAGCUUCUGGAGCGAUUCGACCACGAGAAGCAGGACUGGGACUGGCAUCUGAGGGAACUACACCGCAAGAUGGAGAGGCUUCAGAGGGAGUUGAAUGGCAGGCGGGGUGAGGGGUCCCCAGAGGUGAAGGACGGUGCUCACCUGGCAUUCUCCCCUCAGGACAGCCCCCGCGCCCCCAGAUCUCCCAGAUCUCCCAGAUCUCCCAGAUCCCCCAGAUCCCCUUGCAUUGCGACCCCCACCCCUCUCUCCGCCCGUUGCCAUUCAGACUCGGAUGCACCCCUGGAGGGCCGACCGGCUGUGGUCAGGGUUAAGGGUGGAGAGAGCUCUCGCCCAGAGGAGAGCCUGUUCCUUGACGCCCUAUCACUGGACCCCCUCAGCGAGAGCAAUGUGCCCUCCCCAUCCCGGCUGGAGAAGGACAAAAGAUUCCCAUGUCUGAGCGAGGUGCUGAGUGAGAAAUCAGACCGGAAGGGUUCGAUAGCAUACCAUGAGGAAGAGAUGACCAGUGGGAACCUCCUCAGGGCCAAGUCCGUGUGCUCCAUGAGUGAAUUCCAACGUCUGAUGGACAGCUCCCCAUUCCUUCCCGACAGGACCGUACACGGGGAUGACGGAAGGCGGGACGACGUGACCCCGCCCUUGUCGCCGGACGACCUGAAAUACAUCGAAGAGUUCAACAGCAAAGGCUGGGACUUCCAGAGCAGCCAGGGCCUGGGGGCCGCGGUGGAGGUGCGGAGACCGGAGCCGGCUGAAAGCGCGUUCCAGCCCGCCUCCUGGUUCCUUACCACCAACGCCACCCUGACCACCAACACCCUGAGCAGCCCCGAGCACUCCCAGAGGCCGGCCCCGCGGAACGGCGGGGGUGCGGACCGCUAUGCCGUCCGCGUCCUCCACAGCCCCCCCCUCAGCCUGAAGCUGGAGGCCCCCUCCCUCCCCGCCGGAGCAGAGAGGCCCGGGGCCGACCCCGAGUUCAUGUUCUCGGUGACCAAAGCCAGAGGGGGUGAAGCCGUGGCGGGGGCGGACGAGGUGUUCGGGAGGUGGCCGUGCGACCUCUUGGAGACGGGGCUGCGCCCCAUCGACCGGCCCGUCUGCUCCACCGUGGGCUUCGCCUCCUCCUUGGAGCUGGAGCUGUCCAGGAACCUCAGCGACGACAUGAAGGAGGUGGCGUUUUCGGUGAGAAACGCCAUCCGCUCCAGUCCCGUCGACCGGCAGCUGAGGGACUUUGCCUGCCAGACCAACGCUUUCACCACCAGGGGGACCCAAACCACCCAGACCAUCAGCGUGGGGCUCCAGACAGAAGCUCUGAGGAACAUCACCAGCAGCCCCCACAGGUGCCUGACCCCCAAGGGGGGGUCCACCCCCAUUUCCUCCCCAUCCCGCAGCCUAAGGAAGCUGCAGUACUCCCCCGUCAUCCAGACCAAGUUUGAGCGCCCCUGCUGCUCGCCCAAAUACGGCUCCCCUAAGCUUCAGCGGAAACCCCCUGCCCCGGCCAAAGUGGAGCAGCCAAACAGCCGGGCCCCCACCCCGACCACGCCCCAGAAGGGCUACAGCGAGUCGGCCUGGGCCCGCUCCACCACCACCAGGGACAGCCCUGUCCACACCACCAUCAACGACGGGCUCUCCAGCCUCUUCAACAUCAUCGACCACACGCCCGUGGUCUACGACGCCUUACAGAAGUUCACCAAGUCUCCCAGCCGGUCCCGGCCCACCGAGGCCGGUUCUGCCGAACCCAGGUCCGCAGGUUUCGGCGUGGUCCAGGAGUUCCUAAAGAAUGUGAGGGGCAGAUCCCCCAGCCCCAUCCAGCUGAUUGUAGAAACCCACGGGGACAAGAACUCCGAAGUCAUCAGCAUCAGGCAGGACCUCUCCGCUCCUCCGGGCUACACCCUCGCGGAGAACGCAGCCAGGAUCCUGAAUAAGAGGCUGAUGGAGCAGGGCAUUGAGGAGGAGAGGAGAGGCCUAUCAGGCAGUCAGAACAGCCUGGCCAAGGAAGGGAGACCCAGCGAGGGCGAGAAGGGAGCUAUAGAGGAACUGCCACGCUCUCCUGUAGCUCCGCCCCUGGACUCCUGCUUUUUGAGACCUGCCCGUCCAGCCAAUCAGCGGCCGCCGUCUCGCUGGGCGGCCCGCUCCCCGUCCUCCUCUCCACGCUGGUCGCAGACGCCCGAGAGGACGUUCCACUUCCCGCUGCCGGAGCCCUGCCAGGUGCUGCCGGAGACCGAAGAACCUGGUUGAGGACAGUAGCCAAGCUCUGCAGAACACCGCCAUUAUGCCCACUUCACUUACCAGUGCCACAGACCACACCUCUGAAACCCAGGACACCAGCCUGAAAAAUAUCCUGGGAGAAAAAGUGCACGUCACAGAAACACGGAUCUGGAAUGUGCUCAAAUGAUAAAGAAAUCUGAUAAAGGUGCCUGCAUAAACUUAUUGAGUUAUUGAUUGUACAUAUACAGUAUAUACACAGUAUAUAUAUUUAUUUACGAUAAAUCUAGUUUAGUCGCCAUAUUAUUUUUUAUGGGUUAAUCAGAUGUGUUUUUAAGGAAAGCUCUGGUUUGGUAGCGUUAUUUCAGCUGCCCCAUUGUCAGGACUGCUUCAGUUGGAGACUUCUUGUUUUUGGCACAUUUGACAUUAUUUUUCCCUUCUGUGUAUACAUUUCUGUCCAGUUUUCUUUAAAGUGUUCCUGGAGUGAACUGAAAGAAAAUGGUCAUUGUAAGAUAUGACAACAAAGGUGAACAUUUUUGCUUUAAUGAAUGAAUGUUCCGCUCUAAUGAAUGCACUACAGUGGUUACACAGUGACAGGACAUGGCCACAGAUUGUCAGGCAGUUGUGCACAUCUGUGUAAUAUUUGAUCAGCAUGCCUCUUGAAUACUAGCACUUUAGUGCAUGUAUGUACUGUACACAAGCUAACAUAUGUCACCAUCACUCAUAGUGUGAGCUGUAGAGCACCACUGUAAAAACUAUGUGAGGGUAUUCUUGUACUGUAAUUUUGUUGUUACCUAAUUUGCAUCAGUUUAAGUUAAAACUAUUUUUAAAGUAAAUGAUUGUACCUAAAUCUGUAUUUGUACAGGUGUUGUGAGCAGAUUUGAUUUCGGUUUGUUUUUGUUUUCUUUUAGAAGAACAAACACUGAUUGUAAAAAUAAAAAGAGUGUCGUCAUUGGAAUGUCAGUGUAAGACCUGGUAUUAUCUGGUAUUAAAUGAAUGUAUGUUUACAGCAA